GAGACAUGGAAGUAGCAGUAAGGGGGAAGGUGGUGCUAAGUGUACCUUCCUGUGCAGCAUCCCCCCUCCCUAUUUGCCCCAAGCCGACAACAAAGCUUAGCUAUGGGAUCACAAAGUGCAAGAGCUGUCAACAUGCAUAGCCUGAGUCUGCUAGGACCUGCCCCUUUCAGCCAAGGAAAAGCACACCUUUACAGUUUAGGAAUGUAGCUACAGAGACACUGAGAAGAGAAUUAAUAGACUCCUUUUCUCCAGGGCAUUUCUACCCGAAAACCUCUUGUUAACUCCUGAGAUGGAUUGAGGGAAGGAACAUAACAAAACAGGCUCUGAGGCACGGAAUAGCCUUCUAGCUUCAAGGAACUACAGAACAGCUCCAAGAUCACUUGGAAACAGAAAGAUGGAUACAGCUGAAAAACCUGCAAGCAAAAGGGAAGAUGUAGUGUCAGGAAUAAAAUCUCAGAGAAGUUUAGCAACCCCAGUAGCAAAGCAUCGGCGAGUAGGCAGGGUAAUCUGCGGUGUUUGUGGAAAGAGCUUUGUCAAGACCUGUGAACUGUUUGCCCACCAGCGGACCCACACAGGGGAGAAGCCAUACGAGUGCUCAGAUUGUGGCCGUUGCUUCUCUGUCCAGUCCGCAUUGUCCAGUCACCAGAGUAUCCACACAGGAGAGAAGCCUUACAGAUGUCAGGAGUGUGGCAAGAACUUCCGGCUAAAGAGCAACUUGACCCGCCAUCAACGAGCUCAUGAUGGCAUAAGAACAUUCCGAUGUGAAUACUGCGGGACCACCUACAGCACCAAAGCUCACCUGGUCUGGCACCUGAACACCCAUACAGGUGAGAAGCCAUACAAAUGUACUGAGUGCUGGAAGCGUUUUGGAGAGAUCUCCUUGCUCGUAGAGCAUCUUCUUUCACACCAGGGUGAUGGUAGUGGUGGAAAAAAUGAAAUUGCCUCUGCAGGACGUUUAGGUAGUGGGAACCUUCACCACUGCGAUGAUUGCGGGAAGAACUUCUGCCGGAGCACCACGUUAGCUGAACACCGUCGCAUUCACACUGGUGAGCGUCCUUUUGCCUGCGGGGAGUGUGGCGAGCGGUUCAUGCGACGGGCUCUCUACAACGAACAUGUCCGCACUCACUCUGAAGAGGGCCCACCCAACCUGUGUGUAGCCUGUGGUAAAUCUUUCACCAAGCGCUAUUCCCUUCUCCAGCAUCAGAGGUCACACACAGGAGAAAAGCCCUACCAGUGCCCUGAUUGUCCAAAAAGCUUCAUUGCCAGCUCUGCCUUGACACAGCACCGGCGGAUACACACUGGAGAGACACCCUACCCAUGUCCAGAUUGUGGGCGCAGUUUUAGCCAGAAAUCGGUGCUCACAACUCAUCGGAGACUUCACACAGGCGAGAGGCCAUACAAAUGCCAGGAGUGUGGGAAAGGCUUUAGUCAGAGUUCAGCGCUGACUCAGCAUCUCCGGACUCACACUGGUGAGUCCCCGUACAGCUGCCAAGAGUGUGGGAAAAGCUUUAGUGGUAUGUCAGCUCUCAAGAGACACCAUCUCACCCAUACAGGGGAACGUCCCUUUCGCUGCGAUGAAUGUGGCAAAGGUUUCAAGCAGAGCUCCACGCUGGUCCAGCACCAGAGGAUUCACACUCACGAGAAGCCUUAUGCCUGUCUCCAGUGCAACAAAAACUACAGCCAACGGGCUGCUCUUGCCAAGCACCUGAGGACUCACACCAAGGGAGCCUUGCUUUCUGGCACAUGCAGUGAGCCAAUAGACAUCAGGGUUUACAAAGAGCCUUUUGUCCAACCCCAAGAAGAGAACAAUACAGAGAAUGACAUGGAGGAAGAAGCUGAUGAGGUCGUGGUGCUCCCUCCGGGGACGUGGGAUGCUGAGGUAAAAGAAGAGUCAGAGCUUCAGUGGGAGAAUGACAUACCAUUUGCAGAAACGGGGUCGCUCACAUGGGUGAAAAAGGAAGAGUCAGAUGAGGCCCAGGUAGAAAGGAGAGAACUGUCAACAGUUUCUCUGCACAUCAAAGAGGAACCAGAUGACUGAAAGAAUUGUGGGCACGAUGUCAGGCUUUGUGGGUUUUUCAAACAAAUGUGCCAGGGCUGUCCCAGAAACUCCCACAUGUGACAAGGGGUUCUGUCUUGGAGGGAGAAAGAUAAAUCUAAACUUGGAGCACUGUAAGGAUAGACCUCUGAAAAGAGUGCUAUUGGAACUGAAACCUGCCUUGAACCAUGUUUACCAACCCUCAAAUCCUGCAGUCUAAUCCCAAAAUUGUAUAGCUUGGUUAUGAAUACUCAGUGGUGAGGAAAAUGAAUUCAGUAUAUCCUGAACAGCAUUCUUCAUUACCUGGGUUCAUGCAGUGUCCCCUUGGCAGGGAGCAGAUUCAGAAGAGGUUCCAGAGCAGAGCCUUAACUCAAAGAAAUUAUUGGCUGAUCAUAUUCUGUGGGUCAGCUUGGGGAGUUUGUGGUCUUGAAAACCCACUUUAAAAAGAAAAAAAGUGUUUGGGUGCUCCAAAGUUGCACAUGCAAUUUGGAAGGUAUAAAACUAGAAUUGCAGGCAGCACUUGUAGUGGCCAUGUAACCAAUUAAUAUGAGGGGUAGAUGGCAUGGAGGGGAAUGAGUAUUCCCAGGAGGUGAUUGUGCUAAAAUGUCUCUCUGCAUUCACAAUGUAUUAAAGGCAUGAUGACAACA